AUGAAGCUCUGCGACCGGCUAGUUCAGUGCACCAACCGGCGCUACGGGUGCAAAGCCGAGGAGACCUCCUCUGAAAGUGAAGACGGCUCGGACAGCUCCAGCGCAGUGGAAGAAACGACAAACCCCUGCAAAUACGUAACGUACGAGUGCCAGCAUAUUUUGUUCUUAUCCUCCUUCCAGCUGUCUAUCACCUUGGUGUUUUCCCUUUACUGCCAAUUCUACCACCUGGCCAUUUUGAAUCUGGGCCUUUUUCUAACCUCCAUAAUUCAUUGGAGGAAGCCAGAGCUGGGUUUACGUAGGACAGUUGACAUGCUGAUGACCCUUAUGAACUUCCUCAUGCACGUCUUCCACUCGCUUAAUGUAAAUUCUAUGAGCUUCUUCAUCUGCAUCUGUGGAGCCAUCUUGGUGUUUUUUCUUUACUACUCGGGGAAGAAAUUCAGCUACAACUCCUACAGCACCCUCUGCCACCUCCUCAUCCACACCACGGGCAACAUGUCCGCCCUCGCCAUUUACUACAUUUCCAAGAGCAAGCUCAUUGACCACUCGUGA